GCCGCGCGUCCCAGCCGCCGAGUGUCUGCGUUGCGCCUCCGGCUAAGGUUUCAACAGAUCUCUCCAAAAUGCCGUCUCAAAUGGAACAUGCCAUGGAAACCAUGAUGUUCACAUUUCACAAAUUUGCUGGGGAUAAAGGUUACUUAACAAAGGAGGACCUAAGAGUACUCAUGGAAAAGGAGUUCCCUGGAUUUUUGGAAAAUCAAAAAGACCCUCUGGCUGUGGACAAAAUAAUGAAGGACCUGGAUCAGUGCCGAGAUGGCAAAGUGGGCUUCCAGAGCUUCUUUUCGCUAAUUGCUGGGCUCACCAUUGCGUGCAAUGACUAUUUUGUAGUACACAUGAAGCAGAAGGGAAAAAAGUAGGCAGCAUUGAGCAAUUCCUCUCACCCUGAUAAGAGUUCUGCCAAAGGGUCGCUUAAGGAAUCUGCCCCGCAGCUUCCCCCUGUGUAAGGAUUUCCUGAGCAGAUUGGGACCCUUAGAAAAUGUACAAAGAGAAUCCAUUCCCAUUCGACAGGCCCAGAAAGAAAAGUUAGUUAAAGCCAGAUGAGCUUUUGAUUUUUAUAUUGCUUGCAUCCUCUUGCCCUCAAUAAACAAAUUCCUUUUUUAGUUCCUAA